AUGCCCCACCUGAAUCACAAGAAACCCUCAACACCAGCUGAUUCUGCAGAUAUCAACAAACUCGCUACAAUUAGUCUCCAGUUAGGAAUUUCCAAUACAGCUGAUACUCAAAAUUACAUAAAGAAACUACUUAAGAAUGCCCCACCUGAAUCACAAGAAACCCUCAACACUUGCUUGUCCUCUUACGUAGCAGCCACUGCUUCAUUCAAAAGUGCACUGUCGGAGCUAGGUGAAGAUCCUCUUUCAGCCAACUACGAUAGCUUGGUUGCCGGUGAUGAUGUCCAAGCAUGUGAGGAUGAACUGGCGAGGAACAAGGCUCAAAUGCCUGGAAUUACAACCAGAAACAACUAUGGAAAGCUUUAUAGUGCGAUUGCAUUUGUUGUCACAAAUCAUCUGCCACGGAUAUCUUAA